AUGAUGCCUGGCAUGGACAUGGGCAUGAUGGGCGGCAUGCCCGGCAUGGGCGGCAUGCCCGGCAUGGGCGGCAUGCCAGGCAUGGGCGGCAUGGACGGCGGCAUGAUGGGGGGCAUGGGCGGCGGCAUGAUGGGCGGCAUGGGCGGCGGCAUGGGCGGCGGCAUGGGCGGCGGCAUGGGCGGCGGCAUGGGCGGCGGCAUGGGCGGCUGCAUGGGCGGCAUGGGUGGCGGCGGGGACUUCGGCGGGUGCGGCGGCGGGGGCGGGGGCAGCGGUGGCGACGACAAGCCGAAGGGGCUGAGCAACCACGGGCUGAACGUGCAGACGAUCAACGACCAGGAGGUGAAGGUGCAGGACCCCAGCGGGCGCGUCCUGAGCCAGUUCCAGCGGUACGCCAAGUUCACGGAUGCGCCCUUCCCCGCGCCCAUCCAGGAGGCCCUGGGCCGCGCGGGCUUCCCGGCGCCUUCCCAGAUCCAGCAGUAUUGUUGGCCCCUGGCGAUGGAGAAGAAGGACGUCAUUGGAGUGGCCGCGACGGGCAGCGGCAAGACCAUCUCGUUCCUUCUCCCAGCGUUCUCCAACAUAAUCGAGAAGAACAUGGGCCCCCGGGACGUCGCCCUGCUCGUCAUCGCGCCCACCCGCGAGUUGGCGAUCCAGAUCCAGGAGGAGGCCGACAAGUUCGGCAAACCGACGAUCAAGACUGUGUGUUGCUAUGGCGGAGCCCCUAAGCAUGUCCAGGCGCAGGAGCUGAGAAGUGGCGUGCACGGUGUCAUCGGCACGCCAGGGCGCAUCAACGAUUUCCUCGAGGGCGGCCAGCUCGACUUGGGCCGUGUGUACAAUCUGGUGCUGGACGAGGCCGACCGCAUGCUGGACAUGGGCUUCGAGCCCCAGAUACGGAAGAUCCUGCAAAAGGUCCCCGCGCAGAGGCACACGAUGUUCUUCUCCGCCACGUGGCCCCCGGGUGUCCGCCGCCUCGCCAACGAGUUUCUCCGCGGCGCGUACACUGUGACCAUUGGGAAUCGCGACGAGCUGAAGGGCAACCAGGACAUCAGCCAGUCGCUGCGGACGUGCCGCGGGAACGAGAAGAACACCAUCCUGAAGCAGAUCCUGAGAGAGUCUGGCGUUGCCGACCGAAGCAACAGCGCCGCCAAGGGCCUCGUGUUCUGCUCCACCAAGCGCAUGUGCGAUCAGCUCUCGUCGGACAUCGAGCGGUCCGGGACGCCCUGCUACGCGGUGCACGGCGACAAGAAGCAGAACGAGCGAGAGCUCGCCAUCAACGGAUUGAAGGAGGGCAAGAUCAAACUCCUGGUCUGCACUGACGUCGCAGCCCGUGGUCUCGACAUCAAGGGUGUGACGCUGGUUGUGAACUACGACCCGCCCAGCAAUACAGAGGACUACGUGCACCGCAUUGGUCGUACCGGUCGUGCUGGGCAAAAGGGCAGUGCGGUCGCGCUUAUCUCCGAGCGCGACACCCAUGCCCUCCGAGGAAUCAUCGAGGUAAUGAAGCGCACCAACCAGGUGAUCACACCCGAGAUCGAGGCCCUCGCGCGCAGCGCGCCGCCGCCGCCGCCCUCGGGCCGCGCCGCGCGCGGUGGCCCCCCGCCCGUAUCCAUCGACCCGAACUUCAAGGCGGGCCUCAUCAGCGGCGGGCUCGGCGAGGCGCCGCCGGCACCCGAGGGCGGGGCGGUCGCCUCAGGCAUCGGCAAGGUCGACUACGGCGGCGCCAGCAAUAUGCGCGGCGACUUUGGCGGCGGGGGCCGCGGGGGCGGCGGAGGCGGAGGUGGCGGCCGCGACUUCGGGGGCGGAGGCGGAGGCGGUGGGGGCGGCCGCGGUGGGGCGCCCGCGGCCAACGGCUACGACGCGGGGGACUCGCGCGGCCUGGCGGCCGCGUCGCGCAGACGCAGCCCGUCCAGGCGCCGGGACCGCAGCAGGCGGAGGCGCAGCCGCUCCCGCAGCCGCCGGGACCGCAGGCGCCGGAGCAGCCCGAGCGAGAAGCGCCAGCGCUACAAGAGCCCGAAGGGAAAGGAGGGGGCAGCCGCGAGCAUCAGCUCAGACAGCGGCAAGCGCAAGAAGGACAAGGACAAGAAGAAGAAAAAGAAGAAAAGGAAGCACAGCAGCGACAGCAGCAGCUGA